CGCGGGGCUGCGCGGCGCCUGUCGUGAUGCCACCAACUUUCCGGGGCGCCCGGGGCUCUGGGGGGGUGUCCCCAUCCACCGCUGUCACCCUGCCCGCGUCGCUCGCUCCUGCGGGGAGCGAUGACUAUUAUCGCUAUUAUUAUUAUUGUAAUUAUUGGGAUAUUUUCUCUGCGGAGGGGCGGGGCCGGUCCCCGCGGGGCUGCGCGGGGCGGCGCGGCGGGUCCAGGGCUGCCGGUAACUUGGCGGCGCGGUGGCGGCGGCCCCGGGGGAGCGGGCGCCGCGCGAGCUCCCAUUGGCCGCCCCGCCGUCAGCUGCUCCUAUUUUCUGCUGUCGCUUUUGGCGCUCGGCCAUCCAGAAACAAACCACUUCGAUGACUCCUAAUAGUUAUCGCCAGAUGUACUAAUACACAACAAAUCACGGUCCGGGAAAGGGGGAGAGCAAAUGAGUUCCUAUUUCGUGAAUCCCACUUUCCCAGGGAGCCUGCCCGGGGGCCAGGACUCUUUCCUCGGGCAGAUCCCCCUUUACCCGGCUGGCUAUGAUGCUCUCAGGCAUUUUCCGGCUUCGUACGGGGCAGGCAGCCUGCAGGACAAGACUUACACCUCACCUUGUUUCUACCAACAGUCCAACACCGUCAUUGCUUGCAAUCGGGCUUCCUAUGAGUACGGAGCCUCUUGUUUUUAUUCGGACAAGGAAAUUAGUAGCGCCUCUCCCUCCGGCAGUGGCAAGCAGAGGGGGCCAGGGGACUACCUGCACUUUUCUCCCGAUCAACAGUACAAAUCCAGCGGCGUCCAAGCCAAAAUCGUAAAUGACGAAGGCACCGACCGGAAGUACACGAGUCCUGUUUAUCCCUGGAUGCAGCGGAUGAACUCCUGUGCUGGUACAGUAUAUGGAACUCAUGGGAGACGAGGGAGGCAAACUUACACCAGAUACCAAACGCUAGAGUUAGAGAAGGAAUUUCAUUUUAACAGAUACUUAACCCGAAGACGACGUAUUGAGAUUGCAAACGCUCUCUGCCUUACUGAACGCCAGAUUAAAAUAUGGUUUCAAAACAGGCGGAUGAAAUGGAAAAAGGAAAACAAAUUCAUAAAUUCCACACAGCCCAGCAGCGAAGAAACAGAGGAAAAGUCAGGGGAGUAGAACCACGUUUAAUAAACGCUACCAGGCCUUUCCUUAGUGCUUACUAUUACUAUUAUUAUUUACCAUGUGUUCCUUCUGCUACUAAAUUCCUAUAGGUUUGUCACAGUCUAUUAAUUCCCAAAAGGCUUGGUUAAAAGAUGUACAUUUGCAAUCAACUGUGACUUUCUUUAAUAUAUGUGGAAGCCCUAGCUUUUGAGCUACAGGCAUGUACGUAUAUAACAUCUUUUCUGAAAAGUAGAUGGUGUUGCUUAAAGUAUUAGAGAAAUGCCCCAGAUUUUUAGAUAGUUGAAAUGGGCAUCUGUGUAUGGGUGAAUGUCGAGAGUCCAUUGUGUGCCUGUGUGAGAAGAGAUAAGCGAGUGAUUUUUUCUUUUAAUUAGGAAUGUUCGUGUUGUGGAAAUAUGAGAGAUUUUAGCAAAUCUUAGGUUUAUGUUUUUCCUAACUCCCGCUAUGUCGGGCAGUCUCGUUAUGCUGUGUUUGGGAGCUUAUGGUUUGCAGGGGAGGAAAAAAGCCCCAACUUUUACACAUGUAUAAUGUAUUUAAAUAGAAAAAAAAAAAAAAAAAGAAGAAAAAUCCUUUUUAAAUAUCGUUCUAAAAAAAACCCUGGGUAUAAACUGGCAGUUAAAGCGAAGACGAAUUGCAGGGAGAUUUUUAAAAUGCCACUAAACUGCCUAAUCUGCACUAUUAGUAUUAAAGUAAAAACUCGGCGUUAAACUUCAGGGGAAGCGAGGGAAGAUGCUUCAAAGCGGGCGAAUUUCUGUGAUUCUCGUUGAGCUUACACUGAGGUUUCAGUGAGCUCGGCUCUAUGCUGAAAGGACUUUGAAUUAUGGACUACGUUUAUUGGGGCUUUAUGGGCUUGGAUCGGUCUUUCUUUAUUUUCUUUUAUUUCUAUUUUUGAUUUUGUUUUAUUAAAAGAGAAGUGUCUGUUAUAUUAACUCGGGGGUAUUCUUCCCCGCUUUUGUGGUAUCUAAAUUCCCAUUCGCAUUUCUUAACACUGGAACAAAUAAAUAGGUACUCUAAAGAAAAGUAGCUGCCAUAAAAUGUUUCCACUUCGAGUUCUAUAUAAGUAAACUAAGCGUAGCAAAAAUGUUGAUUAAUAUAUACAUUACAUCUCUCUAUAGUAUAUUGUGUGUGCGUGAGUGUGCCUGUGAAACUGUGUCCAAAUACACUCCUAUACGCUUCGAGGCUCUUUUGUUUGGAAGGCAGCGCAAUUUGGGCUACCGCUCCAAAUAUUUUAGAAGCCAAAUCUGGAAAAUACUAAUGCAAAAUGGCUACCGACGCUUUUAGAGCC